AUGGCUGAAACUGCUACUCAAUCUGAGGCCAUCAAGGUUACUAUUAAAAUUCCAGACUCAAUUGCCUCUAAAUCAAAUAAUGUCACUCAUCGUGGUAAAUCUAAUAAAAAUAAUGCAUCCGCAAAGAAUAAUAGCACAAAAGAGUUAGUAUUACCAUUUGAUAGAUCUUCCAAAGUUAAUAGUGUCUUUAACUUGAUGAGCUUUCCAACAGCCACAAGAUAUUUUACUAAUUUUAACUUGAAAUAUAACGGUAAGAUCUUAAAUCAUGAUGAGACUUUUGAAGAAAUCUUAAAUGAUAAGGAUAAGAAAAUAGAUAACUUCACUUUAAAUAUCGAUAUCAAGCCUUACACUACUAACGAAGCUCUGAAACAUAUUAUAAAUGUUCGUGAAUUUAUUGGUUUCUCUGAUGAGUCUGUUGAUGCAUUAUCUGAAUUUGCUAUCUCAACAGGUUCAAAAUUCUCUGAAUUGAAAUUCGAUGAAAUCAAAGAAAAAUCUUCAAUUGAAGAAGUUACUUCUUCAACUACUGAAGAAGAACAAAAGAAGAAAACUGUUUUGAAAAUCGAUGAAGCAGAAAAACAAAAAUUUAUUGAAAACGUGCAUGAAAUCUUCGAACUUGCUAAAUCUUCUUCAAUCAAAAAUAUCAUGUCCACUGAGAUGAAUUUAGUUAAACCUUGUGUUCGUUCAUUAGCUCUAUCUUCUUAUAAUCCUGUACCAGCUUUCUAUAGAACUAAGGGCCAUCUUCUAUAUUUACAAGUUAUAACUUUAGAAGGUGAAACGUUUCACAUUACUUGUAUUCCAUCUGGUUUCUAUGUUAACAAUUCUACUGUUAACAGAUUCGAUCCAUCAAUUAAAAUUCUUGACAGCUCUAUCGCUAAUGAGGAUGAAUUAAUCAAAUAUACUUUAUUUGAUUUAUUAUCAACUGUUUCCAAGAAAUUUUCUUCCCAUGUUAAUGACUUAGACAAGAACUUAGAAAAAUUAGAUUCUGUCCAAUAUGUUAAGGCUGUUUCAACUUAUUUACAUAAGCCAUGGCUAAUUACAAAUAUCCCGUCCAAUCCUGGUGAUUAUAUGAAAUUACAAAUUGAAUCAUUUAAUGCUGAUGAAAACCAAAACUACAAUUCCGAAUUCCAAACUAUUUUAGAAUUGCCAACUUCAAGUGUUGAACAACGUUUAGAGUAUGAAAGAUUAUCAAAUAAGAUUAUUCAUGAUUUUACCACCUCUUCUGUUAAAGGUGCUAUGUCAAUCUUGUACAAGGAUCUUUCAGCCUUAAACCCUGAUGAUGAUAUUCAACAACAAAUUUUCUUGAAAGAUCGUAUAUUUUAUUCUUUUGUUGAUGAUAUUAAUGGCGAUUUUGCUACUAAAGGUGGAGAAGCAGCUGCUAUUGCUUCAUCAAAUCAAGAUUUACAUACCAUUAACAUUUUGAAUCGUUUAAAUAUUAAAAAUAUCCAUUAUUUAUUAACUACUAUCAUUGACUUUGCUGGUAGAAGAAUAUUAGCACAAACUCCAAUUCCAGGGUUAUUGAGCCCAGUUGGAUUACAAACUGUUAAGGAUCCAGAAACAAAUGAAGAAACUGUCCAAGACUUGCCAAACGACAUUACUGUUAAACAUGGGUUUAAUGACACCUUGAAUGAAUUAGUCUUCGAUAAAUCUUUUGACGACUUAAUUAAAGAAGAUUUUUCAAGAUUAUUCCAUUUGAAAACUCACGAAAUUCAAGGUAAUGAUAUUUCUUUUGCCUCUACAACUAAAGGUAUCACUGGUUCAGACAAAAGAAACUAUAUUAUAGAUUUGGCUAAUACCUAUCCUUUAGAUGUCAACUUUGCCAAAGAACAUUUUGACGAUAAAUCUGAAACUGAACGUUAUCCACAUAGACAAACUUUGUUAAGACCAGAAUUAGUUGAAAAUUGGUGGGCUUCGAAAUUGAAAGAAACUGAUAAAACCAUCGAAAAUGGGUUUAACGAAAGAUUAUUUACUUAUAACCCUGAUGCUUAUCAAGUUAAAGGCGUCGAAGAUUCGAAUAUUCAAGAAAUGUCUGAUUAUUUAAAAGAAACUGUUAUUCCCUCUGUGUUGAACAAAAUUGUAUCUGGUGCUGUAAAUGUUCCAUACAAUGGCGAAAAUUUAAUUAAUAUUCUUCAUAAAGACGGUAUUAACGUUCGUUACUUGGGCUAUUUUACUGAUUUAGCCAAGAAAGAACUUAAGGAACAAACAGAAGUUUAUGAAAAUAGAUUGAAGGAAAUUGAAACCGGUAAUAAAGAUUAUCAAGAAUGGGAAGCUGAAUAUUUGAAAAAGAUUGAAACGAUGAUCACUGAAAGACAAAAACAGGUAAACAAAUAUAUUGAAGAAGGUAAAGAGGUUCCAAAAGAAUUAACUGGCGACUUGAACUUAGAUGAGAAUGAGAUUAGAAAACCUACCAAUGAAAAGCCAAUUAUCAUCAAUACUGAUGAAUUACUACCUUUAAUUAAUCUAGCUGAACUUGAAAUGAUUAGUCGUUCUUUGAAACAUAUCUUACGAGAACUAACAAAGCCAUUGCCAGUUCCUGUUGUUCCAUCUAUGAUUGCUUACAUCUUGAAUUUAUUAUUUGGUACCAAAUAUAACCCAGCUCCUGUUCCAGAAACAUCUGACCCGUUCUAUCACAAUGAUUCUUACGAAUUUUCGAAACUAAAAAGAGCUGACUUAUUAAAUAGAGUCGUUUCCCAAACUAAAUUACGUUUCCGUUAUGAUUUAGAUUCAGAAUGGAUUAAUAAAUUUGAUAAUUGUCCUUUUGUUUUAUUAAGAUCAAUCUCAAAGAAAUUCGGUAUUCAAUUAGUAAACAAAGACUACUACUUUUCUAAGGAUCAAUAUGAUCAAUUUGUUAGUACACAAGACAAGAAAGUGAAAAAUAAGCUUGUUGCACCAGAGAACACAUUCUCUUCUAAUGAUUUAACUAUUGUUCCUGUCAUUAAAGGCUUGGAUCAUUAUUCUUCACUAAGUGAAGAGUUCUGGAACGAAGGUCUUGCAUCAAUGGAAGAAAAUGGAAAAAUUGGAUUAACUUUAUUAGGUCAAUCUGUUGCUGUAACAGAGGAAGUUUACGGUAUUUUACAUAAAUCUGUGGCUGAAAAAUACUUAAGUUUAUCUACCGUCUACUCUAAAUUAAAUUUAAUUCCUGAAGCAAUUGCGUUCUGCCGUAAAUCUUGUAUGAUCUAUGAAAGAAUUUGUGGUGUUGAUUCUUUUGAAUUAUUAAGAGCCAUGUCAAAUUUAGCUUUCCUAGAAUAUUCUAAUGGUAGUCCAUACAAUGCUUCUGUUGUUUAUAAGAGAUUGGUUGAAACUUCUAAAGCCUUUAAUUCUUCUGAACUAAAGGAUUCCUCAAUUGUUAAUGCAUUUAAUAGCUUAGAACAAUUAUCUUUAGGUAUCGAAGACGCAAGAUUAACCAUUGAAAUCUUAAAUAAGACAAGUGAAUUAAUCGUUGAAAUGGGUGGCAAAGAUUCUUUAGCCUAUGCUACUAACGAAUCUAAGAUUGGUAAUCUAUACGCAAGUGCAAAGGAAUAUCAAAAAUCCUUAAGUCAUUUGGCUGUUACUCGUGAAAUAUUUACCAAACAAUUGGGUAUUAAUAAUCUAACAACUGUUCAAUCUAGACAAUGGGUUGAAGGACUAAAUGGUAUUAUUCAAGAUGCACGUAACAAAAAGAAAUUGGAAGCUGAACAAUCUGGCAGUAGCAGCACUAAGGUAAAAUCAAAUAACAAUACUACUAAGAAACACAAUAAGAAAGCUGAAAAGGUUCAAGAAGAUUUAGCUGACAAGUCUGUUGAUGAGUUAUUAGCAUUUAUUGAAAGUGGCGAUCAAAAGAAAUCUGAUAAGAAGAAAUCUAAGAAAUCUGGUAAGAAAUAA